AUGUACAAGGGUUUUACAAGAAUAUUGGCUUUAUAUUGUGUAGACAAAUUACACCCGUGCGUCUCGACUCUUCUACGAAGCAAUGUGCUGUGUACUUCCAGAGGAAAAUUUGAAUGCAUAGGUUAUGUUAUCAAAAGGGGAAAGAAGCAUGACCGAGGGGGCUCCUCAGCGUUAUUCGUGCCUGUGCCGGUGAAACCGAAUCCUGAUGACAUAAACAUCGGAGAAGAGUUCACAGGCCGAUUGAAGAAACAAGAUUUGUUAAAAAUUCUCAACAAAUUUUAUCAAAAAUCUGAAGUUCGUUUAUUGGCAGCAGAGAACGGCUUAGACGAUCAGUUACUGCACCAGGCUUUCCUAUCAUUUAGACGACACUGUUUGGAACAUGAUCUGCCGCCUGAUUUACACAUAACAAUUAGUGAUAUUUUACAAAAUGCCGGACAUGUGGAUGACCUCUUUCCUUACUUCCUUAGGCAUGCCCGGUUAGCAUUCCCGCAUUUGGACUGUCUAGAUGACUUGAAGAAAAUAUCUGAUCUCAGGACUCCUGCAAAUUGGUAUCCUGAAGCAAGGAGUAUGAACAGGAAAAUAGUAUUUCAUGCAGGACCUACAAAUUCAGGGAAGACUUACCAUGCCAUGGAGCGGUUUCUGGAAGCAAAGUCUGGUGUCUACUGUGGCCCCUUGAAGUUGCUAGCAACUGAAAUCUACCAUAAAUCUAACAAAAAUGGUACAGCCUGCGACCUAAUAACAGGUGAAGAAAGAAGACACGCAUCUCAGUACACCACAUUAACAAAUAUGGAGGAUACCGAACCAUUACCUGAAAAUGUGUCAUUAUUGAUUCAAGAGACUGAGCUCACUCCAUCAAGUCAUGUGGCUUGUACUGUUGAAAUGACUUCUCUUAAUAAUCAAUAUGAAGUAGCUAUUAUAGAUGAAAUACAAAUGAUUGGAGACCGAGGUAGAGGAUGGGCCUGGACAAGAGCAAUUUUAGGCUUGCAAGCAGAGGAACUACAUUUAUGCGGUGAAGCUGGUGCAAUAAAUCUCAUUGAGGAAAUAUGCAACACAACUGGGGAGGAAAUGGAAGUUCGCACAUACAAAAGACUAACAGAGUUAAAAGUAGAGGAUUCAGCGCUAGGCUCUCUGGACAAUGUGAAACCAGGAGAUUGCAUAGUGUGUUUUAAUAAGAACGACAUUUACAGUGUAAGUCGAGCCAUAGAACAGAGAGGUCAUGAAGUCGCUGUGAUAUAUGGAAGCCUACCGCCGGGCACAAAAUUGGCUCAAGCAAAUAAGUUCAAUGACCCUGAGAGUUCUUGCAAGGUUAUGGUAGCUACAGACGCCAUUGGUUUGGGCAUCAAUUUGAGUAUACGAAGAAUUAUUUUCUAUUCACUGAUAAAACCUGUGGUCAACGAGGACGGUGAUAAAGAAAUGGAUGUCAUAAGUAUAUCGCAAGCCUUACAGAUAGCUGGUCGCGCUGGCAGAUACGGCAGUGCAUGGGAAACUGGUUACGUCACAACGUUCAAGCCAGAAGACCUGCCGACGUUGAAGACGCUGUUGGCCAAACCGCCCGAACCAAUCACUCAAGCGGGGUUACACCCCACUGCGGAGCAGAUGGAACUUUACGCGUACCACCUGCCUCACGCUAGUCUCAGCAGUCUAAUGGACAUUUUCGUACAUCUCUGCACAGUGGACGACUCGUUAUACUUCAUGUGCAACACAGAAGCGUUCAAAUUCCUCGCCGAGAUGAUCCAACACGUGCCGUUACCGUUACGGGCCCGUUACGUCUUCUGCUGUGCACCCAUCAAUAGCAAAUUGCCUUUUGUCUGCGCACAGUUCCUGAGGAUGGUCCGGCAGUACAGCCGCAACGAGCCAAUCACGAAGCACUGGAUGUGCGUGGCCGUGGACUGGCCGCUGCCCGCGCCCAAGACCAUCAUGGACCUGGUGCACCUGGAGGCGGUCUUCGACGUGCUGGAGCUUUACUUGUGGCUGAGCUAUAGAUUCCCAGACAUGUUCCCGGAUGUAAAGUUGGUGCGAGAAAUGGAGACUGAACUGGAUACUAUAAUUCAGCAAGGAAUAUUCCAAAUAACUAGGCUGCUGAGGAACUCGGAGCAGGAGCUGCGCGAGGGCGCGCCCGAAGCCGCCCCGCUGCGGCGCUCGGCGCGCGGCGCUGCGCACGCGCACGCGCUGCCCAAGGACGAGCCCAAGGGGAAGCUCUCCGACAUGCUCGUCGCCAAGGGUUUGAUUACGCCGCAAAUGCUAAAGAAGUUGCAACAAGAACUUACAACGGACCCGAAGACAGACAGAAGUAAAAAGAAGCCAAAUCGCCGAAGGAAAUAAAGUUAACUGUUGUAAAUAUAUUGUUUAGGUGUUAUCGGUCAUAAUGAAUGUGUUAAGUCGUAUAAAUAAAACGUUAAAAGCUUCU